AUGGGCCAUACUUCCGACUCGGAACCUGCAAAACGAAAGCGUGAUGUCGAUGAUGCCGGUGGUCAAGGUCGCGCUCAGCACGCACCUACAUCUCUUCAGCAAGGCGUUCCCGGUCAUAUCCACUAUCUCCCGAGAUCAAAUGCAUCGCAUUUGAGCCUCGUACAAGGUGACGCAGACACAUUUGCCGACAUCAUCGGUCUGAUUGGCGAAUAUGAGAACGUGUUGGACAGGCAUGAGAGUCUUGCAGCAAGUCUUGGGGCUAAACUUACCGGUCCAAGACUUUUGAGAGGCAUUGAGAAGUUUUUCGAUGGACCAAUCAAGACGACACCACUUCAGCCCUUCUCCAACCCUAUAAGUUGGCUGGACGUUGUCAGUUUUGCGAGAUCAAACCCAAAGGAUUUCACCCUCGUUCAAAAGGCGGAUGGCUCCCGAUGCUGCCAGUUUGUUCUCAAAGGCUCACAGGUGGAGAUUAUGGAGGACGAUUGGCGUUUGGUAUGGUCUGGCGCUCUAGAUCGGUUCCCCCUGGAUCACCCCCUUGAAGAGGAUGAGACGGCAGAACUGGCGACAUUGGAUAUUCUCGAACAAAGAACAUCAAUUCUGUACAAGAAGGCUGACGAAGUGGCGGCAAGAGCCCGUAUACUUAACCAUCGGCUGGGGCAGAGGAAGCAGGAUAUUCGUCGACGCAGGAGCACACAUGACACACCGCCGUCACGAUAUCAGCCCACUAACAGCACUGGCAGUAGCAGUUCACAGCGAACGGCCAACUUUAGCGCCGGUUAUGAUUUACAUGCAGAUUUGCUGCAGCAGUUUCUCGCAGCUUCAGCUUCACCACCGCCAUCUCGGUCAACUUCAGUUACAGGAAUCCCUAUAACCACUUUGAGUCAACCAUCUCCAUCGCACAGCACAACCCACUCUCAAGCGCACGGUCCGAGGUACAGUGGCCAUGCAGCAGAGACAACGGUGCAGCCUGUGAUGGACAGCCGCGAGGCAGCUUUCCGGUCUCUUAUUACACAAAGGACUGACCAGCUGGCAUGCUCAGGAUGUACCAAAAAGCAUGCAAAAUGCAGUUGGAAAACAGUCACAGAUGAUGAGUUCCGACAACUCAAGCGAGACAUGGGUCUCAGGGAUGAAAUGGAUGUUGAUGGGCAAUCAGACAGUGGACGAGGUCCUGACACAUUAGACCCCAAAGACGGACAUUCAAGUCGACUUGGGGAGAGGCAAGAAGCAGGCAGAACGUCCGGGGAUAGAACACCGGGAACACACGGUACGGAUGAAGGUUCGAGGCCUCCUAGUCGGGACAACGGGCAUCUUCCCAGUACAAUGGAGCCGUCGACUGCAUCGAUGCACCGAUUCGAUCUGAGCGCAGAACGACAUCGGCUCCCUUUUGGAAUGGGGCAAUCAGCCAGGUCGGAUCACAGCAACCAUUCGGUCGAAACAUUAGCACCUGGAUCGAUAGCCACGGGGUUGGCGAGUUCGCUGGCAACACCUUCGAACACCCCGCUGGCGUUUUACGCAUGA